GCCCCCAGAGCGCCCUGGGCAGGUGGUGCAAGCACCCCUGCUCUCCCGCGCCCCCUGCCGGAGGGAGAGGGGGAAAAGGAAGAAAGGAAAAAGAGGUGGAGAAAAGAGAGGCUGCAAGGAGAGAGAGAAAGAGCGAGAGCCUGGGCGCCGAGGGGGAACAACCCGAGAGUUUGCCCGAUGGUGCUGCCGCUGCUGCCGCUGCCGUUGCCGCAGCCGCUGCCGCCUUCUCCGCCGAGCGGGAGAGGAGGGGCGAAGAGCCAGUUGGGCAGAAGCCUGGGUCCUCUGCUUCUCCUCUUGGCGUUAGGACACACCUGGACCUACAGAGAGGAGUUUGAGGACAGCGACAGAGAGGUCUGUUCAGAGAACAAGAUAGCGACCACCAAGUAUCCCUGUUUGAAACCUACGGGCGAGCUCACCACGUGUUUUAGGAAAAGGUGCUGCAAGGGUUAUAAGUUUGUCCUUGGACAGUGCAUCCCAGAAGAUUAUGAUGUGUGUUCCGAGGCUCCUUGUGAACAGCAGUGCACAGAUAACUUUGGCAGAGUUCUAUGUACCUGCUAUCCAGGGUAUCGAUAUGACCGGGAGAGACACAGAAACAAAGUGAAGCCUUACUGCUUAGAUAUUGAUGAGUGUGCCACCAGCAAUGAGACACUCUGCUCUCAGAUCUGCAUCAACACCUUGGGCAGUUACCGUUGUGAAUGUCGAGAGGGCUAUAUCCGAGAAGAAGACGGGAAAACGUGUACCAAAGGAGAUAAAGGGCAUGAUGAGAAGGUAGAGAAUGUACUGAAGGCAGGAACCUGCUGUGCCACUUGUAAGGAGUUCCACCAAAUGAAACAGAUGGUAUUACAAUUGAAGCAAAAGAUUGCACUGCUCCCGAACAAUGCUGCUGACCUGGGCAAGCAUGUCACUGUUGACAAGUUACUGGCUUCAAAUACCUACUUACCAGGGCCCCCUGGGCAACCUGGAGGCCAGGGCCCUCCAGGGUCACCUGGACCAAAAGGAAGCCCUGGAUUUCCUGGUGUACCUGGGCCUCCUGGACAGCCUGGCCCCAGGGGCUCAAUGGGACCCAUUGGACCAUCUCCUGACCUCUCUCACAUUAAGCAAGGCCGUAGAGGACCUGUGGGUCCACCAGGUGCUCCAGGAAGAGAUGGUUCCAAGGGGGAGAGAGGAGCUCCUGGACCUAAAGGAUCUCCAGGACCUCCUGGUUCUUUUGAUUUUCUCUUGCUGAUGAUGGCUGACAUCCGAAAUGACAUCGCGGAACUUCAGGAGAAGGUGUUUGGACACCGGACUCAUUCAUCAGCAGAGGAAUUUCCAUUACCUCAGGAAUUUACCAACUAUCCAGAUGUCUUAGACUUUGGCUCUGGAGAGGACUAUCCAAAGAGAACUGAGACAAGAGACUCAAGAAUUCACAAAGACUUAUAUCCUUAG